AUGGUCACACUAGCAGAAUGGCCCGAGUUGGCCGUUGUAACAAAGGAACAACGAUUCGAACUUGUGCUCAAGAGCUUGGACUCUCAAGAAAGGACUCCUAACUUGAGUGACGAUGAGCUUCAGAAAAUGGUCUUUGAGAAGAAUCGCCAGUUGAACUUCAUUAGUAUAGCGGGUUGUGGAAUGUCAUAUCUUUCACCUUCAAUUGUGUCGUGUUCACAGCUCACCAAACUUGUGAUCAUACGAAACGAACUGGUUUCUGUUCCCGAGGAUUUAGGUACCUUAUCGAAAUUGGUUUUCAUUGAUCUUAGCACUAACAAGUUGGAACGAUUACCGGCCUCGUUUUCAAAACUUACCAAGCUUGAAACCUUGGUAGCAUCCGGAAAUCAGAUAACGGAUGACGGAUUAUUCGACUUCUCUGCCAUUGAAUCCCUCCAUGUUCUUGAUCUUUCUCAUAACAAGUUGACGUACGUACCGCCUACGUUGACAAGUGGAAAACUCGUCCACUUGCACACGUUGAAUCUUGCUCAUAAUAAAAUAACCGAGGUGACUCCAGAACUCAAUGUGAUCGAACACAUGAAGACCUUGAAUCUCUCCGAGAAUGAAAUCACGUCCCUACCGUGGGCAAUUGGUCAGAUGGAAAAGAUCAAAGUUUUGGAUUUGUCACUGAAUCCGUUCAAGGAUGGACGCUUCAAGAAACUCGCCAAUGACAAAAGGGCUAAGGUUUCCGCUGUGAUUUCGUAUAUUGCGAAGAAUGCGCCUAAAGUUUCUAAGAAGCCCUCAGCAGAGACCGAUUCUGCGGAUGCAACAGCUGCAAAGCAAUCAGCAGAAGAUGGAGCUUUGCUUGUCAGGAUAGGUGCUCCAAAUGUAAGUCUUGCGACUUUUAAGCAA